UCGAGAGUUCAGAACACACAACACAGUCUUAUCCCUAACCCUUUUGUUUUCUGAAAAUAAAAGAUAAAUGGCAGUCACUGAAACAAACACAAAGAGCUCUCUGCACACUCGAAGCAACAGCUUUCCAUCCGCACCUCACCCAGUCAUAUCGCAAUAUGAGGAGCAUCUUCAAAGAUUGAAGGAUUGUGAAGCUUCUUCUUCAGUAUCAUCAUCUUCACUAAGCCACAAACUUGAUGGUUUGCUGGAUUUGCAUGACUGCACUGAUAAGUUGCUUCAUUUGACAACCAAACAACAAGUAUUAGCACGAGAGUGCAGUGAUAAAUGUGUUGAUGGCCUUCUGGAAGGGUCUCUGAGGCUCUUGGAUAUCUGCAGUACAGCUAAGGAAUGCUUACUAAUAUCAAAGGAAAGCCUGCAUGAACUUCACUCAGUCAUCCGAAGAAGGAAAGGUGAUGAAACCGUUUGCACAAUUGAGGGUGGAAACUACUUGGCUUCAAGGAACAAAUUGAAGAAGGCAAUUAGAAAGGCCUUGAGAAAUUUGAAAGCGAUCAAGAGUGAGUCUGCAGUUUUUCCUUCAAACAAAGAUCGUGGCACUUUGCCUGUGCUUAGUAUCUUAACAGAAGCAGAAGAGGUCACAAUGAAGUCAUUAGAAUCUUUGUUGGUGUUUAUCUGUGACCCCAAGGGACAACCAAAACAGAGCAGAUGGUCGGCAAUCUCAAAGCUGAUGCAGCCUAAAAGAGUUUCUUGUGACUCUCAAGAAUCAAACACAAAUGAAUUUGAGACAGUAGAUGCAACUUUGCUGUCUCUCCUCCGUCACAAGUCUUCCUCUAUCGUGUAUCUUCAAAGCCAUCUUGAAAAUUUGGAGAUGUGCAUUCAGGAUCUAGAAUUAGGAAUUGAGCAGCUCUCAAGAAAACUAAUUAGGAACCGAGUUUCCCUUCUCAACAUCUUCAAUCACUGAUCAUUGUACAUGUCUAUGAUUUUUCUGAACUCAAUUUUGACCCCACAAGUAUUGUCUACCAAUUGUACAUUAAUGUGAGUUAAAUUAUGUUCUUUCUAAA